CUUCCGGUUUGGUUACAACUAGCUAGGCUAUCGGUUCACUUAACGCUGCAGGGAUGUCUCAUGGCAGAUCAGCAACCAGUCCUGAAAGUAAAAGCAGUCGUAAAAGUCCGCGGAUCUCCCUGGCUAAGUUGUAACUUUAAUCUUUCCUCGCGACGUCGUUAACGUGAAACGGCAACCAGUUCACAGACAUGGUGGAAAGUUAAUUUCAAGCGAUGGGCUACUUGUGCUGUUCGGUUGCUACAACUUUGCUCAGUCCAGCAGCCGCGACCACACCCUCUUUGCUUCCUCAUAGUACUGUAGCGGGAGCGCGCAGCACGACUUUGAAUCUCCGGGAAUAACGGCCACUUCUUCUAGCCAACGUUUCGUUUACGGUUUCGUGACCGUGAACCUGCCGAGACAAGUGAGUUAAACCACCGACUGGUAUGGAUAUGAGAAGCGCGUCCCCAAAGAAGAUAUGCGGGGCUACACUAUCUCUGGUCCCGAGUUAAGACGCGGAGGAGGUGGAAGGCGGACAGACGGACGAUGCAUAUGGAGUCGAAGCAACCGGAGCAACUGCUAGCUUCUAUCCCAGGGCUCUGUUUGAAAAAGAAGAGGUUGAAAGUGGAUUGAGGGAUUUGUUUUGUUGGAAAGUCGUCCUUUCGGUGGAUUUUCCUUGGGAGGACUCAUGAAAUGAUGGUGCUGGAGGGAAACACAAGUCUUCCCGCUGUCCAGAAGAGCUGCCCGGGUGGUGUCCUGUUUGUUACCAGCAUGAGUUCGCCAGGCCGGUCAAACUCAUUGGGAACAAGUCGGAAAAGAUCUCGGUGCUGUUUCAGUCUACUUGCGCUGAUGCGUGUGGACACAAAAUGAUAUCCUAUCGAUCUGUAGUCAUAAAAAGUCCCUAAGAAAAGGCAUCUAGAGUUAGAAAAAUAGCACAGAGGCAAUUCAGCAGAUGUAAUUCCAAUUGGGAACGUGUUCUUUGAAAAGAUAAGGAGCUUUUGACAUUAUUUUUAUAAUUCUCAAUCUGCACUUUGCCUUUUAGAAGGCACCUUGGUGGCACUGCAGUUUGUGUGUGAUUUCUUUUUUAAACCCAACAACCUGUGAAUUCUUCUGUUCCACAAAAAAAAAAACCUGAGACUACAAUGAGAAUAUUGACUUUUGGAUUAUGGUGUUCAGGGCAUUUAAGUUAAUUGUCAAAAUAAGAGCAUAUAUCUUGUUACACUGAUUAUGCAGAAGUUGUGGGGAUUUUGAUUGACUGUGCUACAUCAUAUAAUUACUAAUAAUAGAUUAGACUUUAUUGUAAUAUACUUUAGAGACACAUACAUUGAUAAUGGGGAUGAUAUUCAAUCAUAAGUAAAUGCAGUAAGUGAGUUUUGCUCUUUCUACAUGUUUACAUUGAGAAUACAUGUCCUGUGUGUCAGCAUAUAAUGUACAGUUUAUUGCCUUUAGUCUGAAGGAAGAAGACUGUCUGGCCAGUUGUUAUUUAAAAGAGUUUGUUAGAAGCGGUGAGGUCGUCUGGCACCUCUUGAGAAUCUUGGUAAUGUCUUAAAUAGUACAAUGCAGUGUGUAGCAGCAGGAAACUAUAAAUAACUGAACCCUUCCAGAAAAGCAGUUCGACCCUCUCCCCCCUCCCACUUUGCUCCUUAUUAUGGCUAGUGGUGGUUCUGGCAAAUCGGCUAGCGAGGGAUCAACCAGCACACCCACUGGCAGUUUGCAGCAGAGGAAGCGUCUCUCCUCCAUCUGUGACACAUGUAAGGGCAAGAUGCAGCUGGUGGCCGACCUUCUUCUGCUGUCCAGCGAGACUAGACCGGUCAUGACCUCUGAGGGUGUGGCAGUGGCCGACACCUUCGACCAGUGCCGCGACACAGUCAUCGCCAGGACUAAAGAGCUCUCCAUUCUGACCCAUGACAUUCAAAGCCAGCUCAACAUGGGCCGCUUCACCGAGGUGGGGGACCGCCUCUUGGAGAUGGCUGACUUGGUGGUGUCUUUGACCGAAUGCUCAGCUCACGCCGCUUACCUGGCAGCCGUGGAGACGCCUGGUUCUCAGCCCUGCCUGCCGGGUCUGGUGGACCGUUACAAAGUGACUCGCUGCCGACAUGAAGUGGAACAGAGCUGCAGCCUCCUCCGAGUUACACCCCUGCCAGACCUCACUCCCCAGCUUCUCCUCGAGCUCUCCCAGAACAUUUCUACCAACCUCAAGAAUCUGACCGACAUCUCGUCGCUGGCUAGCGAGAGGUCCAGGGACCGUUUUGCAAAAGAGCAGUUCAAACUGAGCGUCAAGAGCAUGAGCACGAGUGGCACAGCCUUCCUGGCGUGUGUCAAAGAGGUGAAAACCCAGCCCAGUGAGCUGACCAGGAAUCGCUGUGUCCUCUUCAGUGCCGCUCUGGUCCAGGCUGUCAGCGCGCUGGUGGGGUUUGCCACAGAGCCUCAGUUCCUGGGAAGAGCUGCAAGUAUCUCCACUGAAGGCAAGGGUGUACAGACUGCAGUGUUAGGGGGAGCCAUGAGUGUGGUUUCAGCCUGUGUCCUCCUCACUCAGGGCCUCAGGGAUGUUGCCCAGCAUCCCGAGAGUAGCUCGAAAAUGGCAGACUACCGUGAGCGCCUGCGUAAUUCGGCCUGUGCUGUGUCAGAUGGCUGCACUCUGCUCACUCAGGCACUCCGAGAACGCUCCUCUCCAAGGACUCUGCCGCCAGUCAACUCUCAUUCUGUGAAUUAGUUUAGGAAGAGGCAAAAAGAGCUCCAGUCUCUGUCCUAUUCUGACAUACCAAAGAGACUCACUUGGAUUGUCCUUGUUCAUCAGGUUUAGAGUCAGAAUAACAUCACAAGAAGGCUGUCUGUGGGUCUGUCCAUGUGGUUGAUGUGUGUCAGAAUGCAAAGUAGCACUAAAAUCGACCGCUGCAGGGUUUCGUGUCGCGCUGGAUGUGACUCAGACCUUGUUAACCUGACCACUUGACUGCUAUUGGGCUGACAGCCCACUCUCACCAACAGACAACAGCCUUCAAACCUGAAAAGUUUACCUCAGUUUUCAGUUUUGGUGAAAAUGCCAGCCUUAAUGAUGGAUGUAGCCUCGCUGUGUGAACCUAUGGUUGGCUGACCUACUCGAUGACAUGUGCUUUGUGAGAUUGGAAAGAGUGAUCUGAGUGUCUCAAUGCUUUUUAUUUUUUCAAUGUGUGAAUUCUUAUUUGUUAAAAGCUGCUGUGAGUGUGUGCCAUAGGUUUUACACUAUUUACCAGACUUCCCAUAGUAUUUUAAAGUGUUUUGAUCAUGCAUGUAAUGGAGUAUUUAUUUCAGCUAUUAAAAGCGUUGUUUCUGAUA